AUGAGCACGUUACAGAGUUUUCUGGCCGGAUUUUCCAAACUGUUUUCCGUAAAAUCAACGAUUUCGAGCGUUCUGUUGGGAGGGUUCUGUAUAGCAGCCGACAGGGUUCUGAGGUUGAAGCCAGUUUCCGAUCAUGCCCUUCUACGAGUGAUUACGGACAACUCUGCCCACGGGCUGGUCGGGCUGUGGUCGUGGGGCAUCGUGAGCGGCCUCCGUACCAGACACGACGUGUUACACACACUGCUCUGCGGACUGCUGGCCAGUCUGGUGGACACUGAUCACUUCAUUGCCGCACGGUCUUUUAGACUCAAGGAUGCGCUUUCUUUACCGGAAAGGCCACCGUUUCACGCAACAAGCCUUCUCCUAUCUACCGUAUUCACCAUGUGGAUCCUCCUGAAGAUGAUGGACUGGAAAGCUCUCCAUAUACUACCUUGGGUCUGCACGGUUGCCUGGCUGUCUCACCAUAUUAGGGAUGGCACAAGGCGUGGCCUGUGGUUUCCACCAAUCGGAAGCUCCCCUCCUAUUCCAUAUUGGUUGUACAUAGGACUGAUUGUAUUACUGCCCAAUGUUGUUAUAUUGUGUCUUCACUAUAGUACAGUUUUUGACCAGACGAGAAUUGUAAAUGCCCCAUUGAUAUCAAAUGUAUAAAUUAGCCCAAGUCUAUGUGACUUGUGAGAGAACUUUUUUGUGCUGGAUCUAAACUUUUAACUCUAAACAUGUAACUACCAACACAGAUGAACUUUCAUGAUGUAUAAUUGUCAUGCAAUAAAGUUCUUCCAUAUAAACGUAUAAAUGUUGUUAUAGUGUACGGUAUUACACUACUGUAAUUAACUUUAUUCACUUUAUGUUCACGGUAGCAAAAGUUCACGGUCUGAGAAAAAUGGACAUGUUCACAAAACUAUAUAUAUUCACAGUGGCAACAGGUGCAGGAAAAAGAAUUAUGAUAACACUCAUUGUUUUAGUAAUUUGGAUGCCAAGUUUUAUUCUAUACCUGUAAUUUGUAUGUUGUACUAUAUAUAUGUUUAAUAGUUGUCAUACAUUGUGCCAUGUACAAUUGUUGUGCAAUAAAGUUCUUCAAUACAAACGUAUUAAAUGC